AUGAACUGUGCAAUUUCCGGCGAAGUUCCGGAGGAGCCCGUGGUUUCGACAAAGUCGGGUUUGUUAUACGAGAAGCGUCUAAUCGAGAGGCAUAUAUCGGAUUAUGGGAAAUGCCCGGUUACUGGUGAACCACAUACCAUUGAUGACAUUGUUCCCAUCAAAACUGGAAAGAUCGUAAAACCAAAACCAUUACACACAGCUAGCAUCCCUGGAUUGCUCGGAACUUUUCAAACUGAAUGGGACAGUUUGAUGCUAUCAAAUUUUGCACUGGAACAGCAACUGCAUACUGCGAGGCAAGAGCUAAGUCAUGCUUUGUAUCAGCAUGAUGCUGCUUGUCGUGUGAUUGCUAGGCUUAAAAAAGAAAGAGACGAAGCGCGACAAUUGCUUGCAGAGGCUGAAAGGCAGUUACCUGCAGCCUCCGAAGCUGCCACAGCGAAUGCUGGUCUUAGUAAUGGUAAACGAGCUGCCGAUCAUGGUGAACAGGGGCCCGAUGCAAAGAAAAUGCGCCUUGGAAUUUCGGCUGAAGUUAUAACAGAAUUGACAGAUUGUAAUGCUUCUCUUUCCCAGCAGCGUAAAAAGAGACAGAUCCCUCCAACACUGGCUUCAAUUGAUGCUCUGGAGAAGUUCACCCAACUCUCAAGCCACCCACUUCACAAGACCAACAAACCUGGUAUAUAUUCAAUGGACAUCCUACAUUCCAAGGAUGUCAUUGCUACUGGAGGAAUUGAUACAACUGCCGUUCUCUUUGAUCGUUCUUCAGGACAAAUCUUGUCAACGUUGACCGGUCAUUCAAAGAAGGUUACUAGUAUUAAGUUUGUAGGUGACACUGAUCUUGUUUUGACUGCUUCAUCGGACAAGACAGUCCGUAUCUGGGGGAGUUCCGAGGAUGGGAACUAUGCCUGUAGACAUACAUUGAAAGAUCACUCUGCAGAGGUGCGAGCUGUAACUGUCCAUUCAACGAAUAAAUACUUUGUGUCAGCAUCGCUUGACAGUACGUGGUGCUUCUAUGAUCUGUCGUCCGGUUUAUGCCUUGCCCAGGUAACGGAUGAUUCCGAAAAGGUGGAUUACACGGCUGCUGCUUUCCACCCGGAUGGUCUUAUUCUUGGAACUGGUACCGCUCAGUCUAUUGUCAAGAUUUGGGAUGUAAAGAGUCAGGCAAAUGUGGCGAAAUUUGGUGGACACACUGGAGAAAUUAAAUCUGUAUCAUUUUCUGAGAACGGUUAUUUCCUCGCGACUGCUGCUUUGGAUGGUGUUAGGUUGUGGGACCUGCGCAAGUUAAAGAACUUCCGAACAUUUGAAUUUCCUGAUGCAAACUCAGUGGAGUUUGAUCAUAGCGGAUCUUAUCUUGGUAUUGCUGCUUCAGAUAUAAGGGUAUUCCAAACGGCCAGUGUAAAAGCAGAGUGGAACCCAAUCAAGACUCUUCCGGAUCUAUCCGGUACAGGUAAAGCCACCUGUGUUAAGUUUGGCCCCGACGCCAAAUACGUAGCAGUUGGCUCAAUGGACCGUAAUCUCAGGAUAUUUGGGUUACCUGGAGAUGACGCUACCGAAGAAGAUUCAUGA